AUGACGGAGCGCAACUUGUGGGGAUUCUUCGAUGGGUCGGCAUCGAAGCCCACGUCGGACGCUUCAACCGCGGAGAAGGAAGCGUGGGUGCGCAAGGACAAAAAGGGGUUUGCCUUUCUUGUCUCCAAGCUAAGCCUCCAACUCGUCCCGAUCGUGAGCCCUUGCAUCGACCGUGACGGCGCGACUCGUGAAGCGUGGAAGCGACUCGAAGGAGAGCACGUCUCCAAGUCGCUUCAUAGCAAGCUUCAAGCGCGCCUCGACUUCUUCACGGUGCGGAUGAAGGACGGCGAGUCAAUGUGCGCGUACGUUAACCGCGUGGAGGAGCUUGGCGAGCGCUUGGUGGAACUCGACGCGAGCGUGGAGGACAACGAUUGGAUCAUGACGCUCCUCGCGGGCCUCGGUGAAGCAUGGUCAACGGUGAUCACGGUGUUGGAUGGGACGCAAGAUACAUGGAAGAAGGAGCAAGUGGUGGCACGCCUCAUCAACGAAGAGGCGAGGCGCGCGAAGUUGCAUGGCGAUGCAAUCGGCGCGGCACACUUCUCCCGCGAUGCGAAGGCGAAAGGGUCGGGUCACUUCAAGCGGCGCAACGACGGCAACAACCGCGGGAGUUCGAACGGGAGCGCGGCGGCCUCAAGCUCAUCACGAGGAGGAUCGGCCAACGCCAAUCGAGCUCGGGCGCGAGAGGGAGCUUGUCGGUUUUGCAAGAAGACGGGACAUUGGUGGCGCGAUUGUCCCGUUAAACCGGCGAAUUGGAGGCCGUCUUCAAGUGACGACAACCGGCGCGCGCAUGUGGCGACAUGCGACAACGACGACCGGGAGUUCGUCUUCGUCGCAAGUGGAACGACCGUCGGUGGUGUUGACGCGUGGGUACUCGAUACGGGUGCUACUCAACACAUGACGGCGAGCGCGACGCUUCUCAACAACGUGACAACGGUGGCUCCCGUUAAGCGCGUGAUGUUCGGCAACCGUGACACCUUGGAUGUCACGGGACAAGGCGACUUGCGGCUCAUGGUGGAUGGCGGUCCACUCACCAUCAAGAACGUCUUGGUGGUUCCCGGGCUCGGCGCCAACCUCCUAUCCGUUUCCCAAUUUACACGCAAGGGGAUGCGUGUGAAUAUUGAAGGGAGCACGAUGGUGUUGAGCACGGCGGACGGCGUACACAUUGGCACGGCGGUUACGUUGGCAACAUGGAUUCGCAACCGGUGCGUGACCAAGGCGUUGCCGAACACGACGCCUCUUGAGGCUUGGAGCGGUACGAAGCCGGACGUCACCGACCUUCGCACGUUUGGGUGUACGUGCUACUACCAUGUCCCGGAUGCCACACGGACCAAGCUUGAGGCGAAGGCGCGGGUGGCGAUGUACUUGGGUCCAAGCGCGGAUCACAAGGCGUGGCGUGUGUGGGACUUGGAGCACGGGAAGCUCGUAGUGUCACGCGACGUGGUGUUCUACGAAGACACCUUCCCGUCCAAGUCGAUGCACGUGCCCUCGGUCAUCAUUGACCCUCCCUCCUUGGAUGCCGCGGAUGAGGCGGAUGUUGCUCCUACGGCUUCUCCUCCUCGUACGAGUGAGGGGGAGAAUGGAUCGGGUGCGGUUGGAGUGAGUGCGGAUGAAGAACAUGCCAAGGAAAGUGACCCUUCAUCUCCUCCUCCCAAAAUCACUCCCACCCUCGCAUCCACUCGCACUCGGAGGACUCCUCGUCCCAACUUCAAGUUGGAUGGCUACUCUCUUGUGGCGGGGGAUGAUGAGGGAGGGGGAGAUGCCAUGUGUCUUGAGGCAUACACCGACACACCGUCCACCUACCAAGGCGCCAUGAGCUCGGCGGAAGCGGCGGAAUGGGAACGUGCGCUUCAAGAGGAGUACGAUUCGCUCAUGGCGAACGACGUCUACGAGCUCGUCCCCAUGCCCCCGGGCGCCUACCUCGUUGGCUCUCGUUGGACCCUUGUAGCGGACGUGAAGACGAAGCUUGCCGCCGAAUUCUCCAUGCGUGACCUCGGCGCCGUCUCCCACUACCUAGGGAUGCACAUUGAUCGCGAUCGAGGGAACAAGACCCUCGCUCUCCACCAACAUAAGUACUUGGAGAGUGUGGUGGAUCGCUUCGGCAUGAUCGAGAGCAAGCCUACACCGACACCUAUGGAAGCGGUGUUUCAUCCCUUGGCGGUGAGCGAUGAAAAACCGAUGGAUCCCGAGAGCGCCAAGACCUUCCACUCGGUUGUUGGGUCAUGCAUGUAUGCUGCGGUGAGCACGCGACCCGCCCUCUCCUUUCCCGUUGGAGUGCUUGGACGUGUCGUCUCCAACCCCAUGGUCGAGCAUGCUACACGGAUGCGGAUUGGGCGGGAGAUCCUUCAACCCGCCAAAGCACUUCGGGCUACAUCUUCACCCUCGUGGGAGGUGCAAUAA